AUGACAUUAGAGCUCAAUAAUACGGCGCCAAUUUCUUCGUCAUGGUGUCCCUUGUGGAAUUAUGACGACAUCACUGAAUGUGGAAGAUUGACUUAUAUCGAUGGUUUGCUACCUGAAACAAUCACAAUACUAGCUUCUUUAACUGUAAUUUACAACAUCUCAUUGCAUUACUAUCGUUACAACGUACGAAGGUUGACGAGGGAACCUACUUUGGUGGAAAUUCUUACCAACUUCAAGAGCGAUUCAUCUUCAGAAUCUCAGCCUCUGCUAAGGUCUGACACAACCAACUAUAUGGGUGAAACAUCGGUAGAUGAUAAGGAAACUAUCAAAAAGAAUCAUUUUUCUAUAGAAAGAAUCGAGCUGAAAAAACUAAAUGGUGAGCCACACGGUAUCCCAAAACUAUUCAAUCGUGAUUAUAUAGAAAGGUCAAGGCUAAUUAUCGAAUUUUUCUUAGCAAUAUCACAGAUGGUUAUUCACUUUUCUUUUGCAACUAGACAAGAAUUAUUUCCUAUCUGGCCACUUUUUCAAUGGACUGUACUCUCAGCCAUUGUCGUACUACGUUUGAUCAACUAUAAACAAUCAGUCAAAUUUAUAAAUAAAUAUCUCGGUAACCUAUGGUGUAUUUCCCUAAUUUCCUACAUGUUUUUAUUCUUUUCUAUGGUACUACCCUUCCGUUCAAUUAUAAUAGGGCACAUAAAUGACACACUAGUAAGAAAUUAUUAUAUUUCUCAAUUUCUCAUAGACACAUGUCUUUUCUCUCUUUUGUUCUUUGCUCCAAUCAAAAAUUCACCAGCCGUCGUCUAUUCUACGGAUACAAAUAUCACACCGUCUCCUGAACCUAUAACUUCGCUUGCAAGCUUUAUCACUUGGUCAUGGCUGGACAGUUUUGUCUGGAAAGCUCACAAGAGUGUCAUUAAUAAGGAUGAUGUUUGGGGUUUAAUAAUGGAAGAUUAUUCCAUCUUUGUCGUGAAAAAAUUUAAAAGAUUUGUUAGAAAUCUGGACGAAAGAAAGUUCUCAUUUAAUCUGUUAUAUUACUUUACCAAUUACAUUAUGCUACAAACGUUUUGCGCUUGUAUUGGUGCAGUGUUUGCAUUUUUCCCAUCGCUACUUUUGAAAAGAAUACUAGAAUAUGUUGAAGACCAGUCAUCUGCCCCUGCUAAUCUAGUUUGGUUCUACGUCAUUUGUAUGUUUUCCUCCAAACUCUUUGUUGCAAUUGCUAAUGGUCAAGCGCUCUUUUUUGGUAGAAGAGUUUGUAUCAGAAUGAAAGGUAUUAUUAUUUCUGAAAUUUACUCGAAAGCUUUGAGAAGAAAAGUUGCGACUUCAUCAAAAGAUUUAAAGGCUGAAAAGAGAGACGUCAACACUACUGAAGAUGUGAAAGAUCCUCAAAAAAUUCAUGACAAAGAAAACAUUAAUGGUGAUGAGGAAUCUAUUCCGUCUGCAAAGUUAGGAGCAGUGAUUAAUUUAAUGGCUGUUGACUCCUUCAAAAUUUCGGAAAUCUGUGCUUAUCUCCACUUAUUUAUCGGUGCCAUUGUUAUGGUUGUUGUCGCUUUAACUUUGCUUUUCAAAUUAAUUGGCUAUGCUGCAUUUGUUGGCGUUCUCGUUAUCCUUAUCGUUUUACCCAUCAACUUUUAUUUAGCCAAUUGGCUUGGCAGAUUGCAAAGGGAAAGUUUAGCAUUCACUGAUAAAAGAAUUCAAAAGUUGAAUGAAACUUUUCAGGCUAUCAGAAUUAUUAAAUUCUUUUCAUGGGAAGAUAACUUUAGCAGUGAUAUCGACAAAAUCAGAGAGGGUGAACUUAAUCUAUUGCUCUGGAGAGCUAUUUCAUGGGCUAUCAGUGGUUUCGUUUGGUAUUUAACACCAUCAAUUGUUACUACCGCGUCUUUUACUUUUUACAUUUACGUCCAAGGUGAAGUUUUAACAACUCCAGUUGCCUUCACAGCUUUAUCCCUUUUCUCUCUGUUGAGAGAUCCGUUAGAUAGAUUAUCGGACAUGCUAAGUUUUGUUAUACAAUCAAAGGUUUCCCUUGAUAGAGUACAAGACUUUUUGAAUGAGGAAGACACAGAUAAGUAUAACCAAUUAACUGUAGCAACAAAUAAAAAUCAAAUUGCUUUCAAAAACACAACUGUUGCCUGGGAUAAUUCCCGUGAUUCGUUUAAACUAAGAAAUUUGAAUAUAGAUUUCAAGGUAGGUAAGUUAAAUGUAAUCAUUGGUCCAACCGGUUCGGGUAAGACUUCAUUAUUAAUGGCAUUGCUAGGCGAAAUGAACCUAUUAGAAGGUCAGAUUGUUGUUCCUGCAUUGAAUGCGAGACAUGACUUGAUCGUUGAAUCUGAUGGAACAACCAACUCCAUCGCUUAUUGCUCACAAGCUGCUUGGCUUUUAAACGACACAGUCAGAAACAAUAUUUUAUUCAAUAGCCCAUAUAAUGAAACAAGGUAUCAUAAUGUUGUGGAAGCAUGUGGACUCAGACGUGACUUUGAAAUUUUGAAAGCUGGUGAUAUGACUGAAAUUGGUGAAAAAGGUAUUGCCCUUUCUGGUGGUCAAAAACAGAGAAUUUCUUUGGCUAGGGCCCUUUACUCAAAUUCAAGACAUGUUUUGCUAGACGAUUGUCUGAGUGCUGUUGAUGCGCACACUGCACUCUGGGUUUAUGACAACUGUAUCACAGGCCCAUUAAUGGAAGGAAGAACUUGCAUUUUGGUUUCUCAUAAUAUUGCCUUGACGCUAAGGAACGCCGAUUUGGUAGUUAUGCUUGAAGACGGUCAAGUCAAGGACCAAGGCACUCCAAUGACGUUAUUAGAAAAAGGCCUGUUGGGUGAAGAUGAAUUAGUCAAAAGUACUAUUAUGUCCAGACCUGCUUCAAGUGCUAACAUUGCGAACAACAGAAGCACUGUCAAUCUAACUGGUGUUGCCCAACCUGCAGGGGUUCCGAAAACUGAUAAAAAGGAUAAGACUGAUGUUGAAAGAAUAGAAGAUGGUAAACUCGUCAAUGAAGAAACUAAAGCAGAGGGUGUUGUUGGUUUGCAAGUUUAUAGCUGGUACGCUGCCGUCUUCGGCGGCACUAGAACACUCAUCUUUUUGGCUAUGGUAUUUGUACUGUCACAGUUGGUUUAUAUAGAGCAAUCUUGGUGGGUACGUUCAUGGGUUACAAAAAAUACGAUUACUACUCUGAACUAUUUAAGAGAAGUCCUGCCUUCAAAUUGGGGCGCCAAAAGUAACCCAAACCACUAUCCAAUGGUGUUAAGUACCAUAUCAUUUGGCGCAACUGUUUCUAAGCAAAAGCAUAGUAACGCUUACUACUUGACAAUUUAUUUCUGUAUCGGUCUUCUGCAAUCGAUAGUAGGUGCAGCUAAAACAUUGAUUAGUUAUUAUUUUGGUAUUAACGCCUCCAGAAAAAUUUUUAGGAAAUUAUUGGAUAAGGUUCUGCAUGCUAAAUUAAGAUUUUUUGAUUCAACUCCAAUUGGAAGAAUCAUGAACCGUUUUUCUAAAGAUAUGGAAGGUAUUGAUCAAGAUCUAGCGCCAUAUUUCCAGGGCGCAUUUUACUCUUUUAUUGAAUGCAUAACUACCAUUAUAUUGAUCACUUUCAUCACACCUCAGUUUUUGUCAGUUGCUAUAAUUGUUGGGAUGCUCUAUUACAUGAUUGGUUACUUCUAUUUGACAGGCUCUCGUGAAUUGAAACGUUUAGACUCUAUUACUAAAUCCCCAAUUUAUCAACAUUUCUCUGAAACUUUAGUUGGUGUAACCACAAUCAGAGCAUUUGGUGACGAAAGUAGAUUUUUACGGGAGAACUUAUUGAAGAUUGAUGAGAAUAAUAGACCAUUUUUCUACUUAUGGGUUGCUAACAGAUGGUUAUCUUUCAGAAUCGAUGUGAUUGGUGCUUUAGUUGUAUUUGGUUCUGGUAUCUUUAUCUUGACAAAUAUAAAUACAAUUGAUUCUGGUAUGGCUGGUAUUUCUUUAACGUACGCUAUUUCUUUCACUGAAGGUGCCUUAUGGCUAGUUAGAUUUUAUUCUGAAGUUGAAAUGAAUAUGAAUUCAGUUGAAAGAGUCCAUGAAUAUAUGACUAUCGAACAAGAACCAUAUGAUGAAGUUCAGGUUUCUGACAGUAAGGUACCAGCGGAUUGGCCAGAAGAAGGUAGAAUUGAGGUUAGUGAUUUAUCUUUACGUUACGCCGCUCAUUUACCUAAAGUUAUUAAGAAUGUUACCUUUAAUGUCGAUCCUCGCGCAAAGGUUGGUGUUGUUGGUAGGACGGGUGCUGGUAAAUCCACAAUUAUUACUGCUUUAUUCAGAUUUUUGGAAGCUGAAACUGGUUACAUAAAGAUUGAUGGACUUGACAUUACGUCUGUUAACUUGACAAGAUUACGUCGUUCCAUAACGAUCAUUCCACAAGAUCCAACACUAUUCUCUGGUACUAUCAAGAGCAACUUAGAUCCAUACGAUGAAUAUAAAGACGAAGAAGUCUUCGAAGCCUUAAGACGGGUUAACUUAGUGACUGAAGAAGAAUUGAGCUCUAGAACCGAAAAUAACAACGACGAAGCGUCAGUUUCCUCUAAGAAUAUCAACAGAUUUUUGGAUCUGGAAAGUGAAAUCGCUGAAGGUGGUACGAAUUUUUCACAAGGUCAACGUCAAUUGAUAUGUUUGGCCCGUUCUUUACUACGUUCACCAAAGAUUUUGUUAUUAGAUGAAGCCACCGCAUCGAUAGAUUAUGAUUCAGAUGCAAAAGUUCAAGAAACCAUUAGAACUGAAUUCAGUGAAAGUACAAUUUUGACUAUUGCCCAUCGUUUGAGAUCAGUUAUAGAUUACGACAAGAUCCUUGUAAUGGGUGCCGGUGAAGUUAAAGAAUACGAUCAUCCAUAUUCGUUGCUCUUGAACAAGAACAGUAUAUUCUACAGCAUGUGUGAAAAUAGUGGUGAAUUAGACGUCCUGAUCGACAUGUCGAAGGAAGCGUUUGUCAGGAAACUAAAUUCUAAAUAA